GUGCGUUAUCUCCCUCCUAUCCUCAGAUUCGCCAUUGCCCACCCACAAACAAAAACCCUAAAACCCUGUUACCGAAGGCCACCCACGACCGGACGAGUGACGAUCCGCGCCACCCACCCCUCGCCGGCAUCUCUUGCUAGUAGCCACCCUUCACUGCUGUUCACUGAGCGAACCCUGAAAUCCCUAAAACUCAGUUUGUUGUUCGCCUAUUCACACUUCGCAAGACCACUGCUGCUGCCGUGAACCGAUGAACGUGAAAUCAAGGCCACCAAGACCAUCAAUUCUGACGGCCCACCACCAAACCCACACACCUUCAAUUCAAUUUAAAUAUUAUUUAGAUUUUUGAAAUCCCCAAAAGUUAGGGUUUUGUGUUUAUUUCAAGUUUCAAAUCUCUUUCUGUGUUCCUUGUCUCAUCGUCGUAGCCUAAACUGAGCAGCCGCCGCCAGCACUGGACAACCAAUUUAGCCGAACAACCAUAAAAAUUCAACAAAAUAUGUGUAUUUUGUGAAUGCAGUUCCAAGAAGCUGCAAUUGAAUUGCUUUUUGAGAUUUUCAGAAUCUAAUCGAUGAACAUGUCAUCUUCGGGUUCGCCAUGUGCAGCGUGCAAAUUUCUAAGGAGAAAAUGCACACAAGAUUGUGUAUUUGCACCAUAUUUCCCCCCAGAUCAACCUAAAAGAUUCUCGAAUGUUCAUAAGGUGUAUGGUGCUAGUAAUGUAGCGAAGCUAUUGAAUGAGUUGAACCCUAGUCAAAGGGAAGAUGCAGUGAAUUCGUUAGCAUACGAGGCGGAAAUGAGGUUAAAUGAUCGAGUUUAUGGCUGUGUAAGGGUUCUUUCUGUUUUACAACAACAAUUGCAGUCAAUUCAGAGUAAUGUCACACUUGCUAGGAACCAAUUAAGUUCUUUUAUCGGACCUGCUGGAGUAAUGUCUUUUUCGAAUCAAUUUAAUCGGGCCUAUCAUGCUGUUGCGACAGCUGCGUCUUCUUCUAGUUCUGUAAAUCAACAGAUUAAUAUGGGCUUGGGUCAGCGUCAGUGUCUGAGUUCGGGUCCAAUGAUGGGUAGUCCUAGUGGUGUUGUUGCAAGCCCGGGUGCAGUCUCAUCUCAUGUUGGUAUUGGGCAAUCGUUGGGGAUUAGAGGUCCACAAAAUCAACAACAGGUCAUUGAGGCCCACCAAUUAGCGGUUAUAGCUGAUAGAGAAGAGCAAGAUGCGAUGAUGAGAAACUGGGAACAUCAACAGCUUAUAAGGCUUGGUGGUAACAGUGGCAGUAACAGUGCCAGUGGCGGGUAUAACAGCCGAAUGAUUAUCGGUAAUAGUAGUGGUGGUGUUGGGGAUUAUAAUCAAGUGGGGUCCACUUUAGCUAAUGCACAGCCCUCAUUGGCUCUUGGUGCAUCUGCGAUUAAUCCUAUGGCUCAACAACAUCAACAUCAACAUCAACAUCAGCAGCAACAUGAGCAACAAGUAGAUGAAUCAUUAGGGCAGUUUUCAUUACGACAACAGCCUGCUACGACUCAUGCACACCAAGGACAUGUAGAUCAAUUUGGUCAAGGAAAUCAGCAACUUCUCCAACAUCAUUGGCGCCAGCAACAGCAACAUCAUGAUCUGCAACAUCAGCAGCAACAAAAGAUCAUCUAGAGGAUGGAACUAUUGGAAUCUUGUUAAGAGAAGAUAUACGUAACACAAUUGCCCAUAAAUUUUUUGGAGUUACUCUUUGUUUAGUUUAGUUUUAUAGGUGAUUUCUUCAAAUCUAGUCUCGUCAAUGUAACUUCCUUUUUUUCUUUUUCUUUUUUGUUUAGUUUUAUAGCUUAUUAAUUAUUAUUACAAAUUUUGUUCUUGUCAAAUGAAUAAUGUUUCGCUGAUGAUUACAGAAAGGAUGUGACUAAUUGAGGGUUUUUGAAUUAAGGUGGAGAACACUUAUGGUAUAAACUUAUAACUGUUGAACUGGUUUAUGGCUUAAUGCAGUUUCUUGACAGUAGUUUUUAAUGAAACUAAAUAGUAGGAGUAUUACAGAACAAUAUUU